CUCUCAGAAGGGGGGAGUAAAUGUGAGAUGUGUUCUGAGCCGAGUUGCAGUCCUAUGCCUGCAUUCCCCACAUCAAGGAUUUUGCUUGCAAGAAUAUAGGCCUAUAUAUCAUAAAUAAUAACACGGACACCGAGUGGAAUACAGCUGCCUGCGUUGGAUAUUCAAGGGAUUUUUUACUUCAAUAGAACUGCCCUGGACUGACCGAGGGAAGUCUUCUGCCGAUCUACAUUUUUCUGGGAAUAUAGCUGAAUUGAGAGCAUACAAAUGAGGUAGAGAAAAUAAAUACCCUAGAUACGUCGUUUUUAUCCGCUUUAAAAGAGGAAAACAAGAUGGCUGAUGACAGCAAGCGACAACAAGGUUAAAACGACAUCGUCCCCUUUAAGAACCAGAAAGCCUGCUUUGAUAUAUAAACAUUUUAAGCUCCCCAUCUGAAGAGAAUAUAUGCAUGACAUUACGUUGCUGGCUAUUGUUAAUUGAAAACGAAUACAAAUCUCUCCAGUCCAGGGGCCAGUGGACCGUCGACAUGGCAAGACUUAGUGUUUCGGAAAAUUCUUACAUCGCAAAUGAGGGCAGAUAGUUAACAGCGAAAUAAAGAUAGCAAGGUAAGGUGAGUGAUCUCUUUCAAGAACGCGAAAAUAGAAAACCAGCCUAUCUAUAUGAAAUCUUUUUACAAAAGAAUUACCCUUGAAUCUAGUCUACGUGUGGUGUACGCCUUUAACGUUAGCCUAACGUUAAUCCACUUUGUUCUUGUUUUCCCAAGUGACUUCUUUGUAAUUUCAAAAAUAUAAAAGAAAUCGCCUUUAUUUUAACCAUAAAAACGCACUUUCAAACAAAAUAUGUAUCACGAUGUGCUCAGCGUUGUGAUAAAGUAGAAGCUAGGGUAAAGGUUAUGCUUUCAGGGGGGGGGGAAAUCAAAUUUAUUCGCGAUUUAGAGUGGUUUUGUACGGAGCUAUCUGCCCACUGAAAGCUAGUUUAGCCUAUUAGGUACUGGAACGCUGUGAAGACGAAUCGUAUUCGGGAUCAGUUAGACGAAAGGUAGCCUACUUUUUAAGCCACUUUUAUAUUCUGGGAAGAUACCUUUACCCAGAAUGACGUCAGAGAUAAGGGAAUACAGGUUUUUAUAUCAGUAGAGGGAGUGUCGCGAUUAAUUCUUGAGAAAUAACUGACUAUGCAUUUUGUUAACUUCUAUACAUUGGUAUUCUUCCACCAUAGAGAUACAUCAUCAGUCAUUGACACACCAGAACGCUGGAGACUCAUGCUGUCAGUAUUUUCCACACAGUAUAGCCAAGAAAAAUGAUCGCAGCGCGAAAAACGUUUCAGAAGCUCUGAAAUAUAAGUACAUCAUAGUAUCGAUUUUGUAUAGUCUAUAUUUUACAACGUUGCGACGAACAUGCUAUGAGAGAGAACGUCUGUAUGGCACACAUUCCUUGGUAGAGAACUCAUUAGAAUGGAAGGGGCUCUAGCAGUUUGACAGAUGUGCUCAUUUAUUGACCAUAACCACAGUCGCUACAAUGCAAAUAAGGGCCAACGAAGUUGGUCGUUUUAGUAUACUUUAGCGUUUGAGGCAUUACUCUAGCUUUUCAACCAAAUUGACCCAGUAGCACCGCAAUAACAGACUACGCAAUUGGAUUGCAAAACCUGAUUCUCGCUCAUGCGGAAUUAGAUUUCUGUCAUUUUUUUGUGUGUGAUAAAGAGUGGAAGGGACGCCAGCGUGGGUUGUUUAUGGAAUCAUAUCAGUUGUUGUUUAUACAGACUUAUGUGUCUGCGAGGUUUAACCCAAGCCGCAUACACUAUCUUCCCGAAUUAGUUUUGUGGAGAAACAUGCAAGACUGAACCACUUCUUCCAACCAAGAGAUUCAGAAGUGUUUUAAUAGGACCUAGCCAAAUUGUUCUGUGACUUGACUUUCCACCAAAUCCGUCAUCAUGGCGGAGAACUGGAAAAAUUGCUUCGAGGAGGAACUUAUUUGUCCCAUAUGUUUGCAUGUGUUUGUUGAACCGAUACAACUGCCUUGUAAACACAACUUUUGCCGGGGAUGCAUAAGCGAGGCCUGGGCCAAAGACACGAGUAUGGUGAGGUGCCCAGAGUGCAACCACGCCUACAACCAGAAGCCAAAUCUAGAGAAAAACAUCAAACUGACGAACAUUGUGGAGAAGUUCAACGCACUUAACGUUGAUAAAACUCCAGCAAUACUUCAGUGUAUCCUUUGUCGGCGAGGACCGCCUCUUCCUGCACAGAAAGUUUGUCUCCGCUGCAACGCACCUUGCUGCCAGUCCCACGUCCAGACGCAUCUCCAACAGCCUUCUCCCAAUCCCGGGCAUUUGUUAGUUGAGGCCGAGGAUGUGCAGGCCUGGAGCUGCCCUCAACACGACGAAUACAGACUCUACCAUUGCGAUGUAGAACAGGUGGCCGUCUGCCAGUACUGCUGCUUCUCCAGAUGCGCUCCCAACCAUGGACAUGCCGUAUGCGACGUGGAAGUUCGUCGCAAUGACAUACGGCACAUGCUGCUGAAGCAACAGGACCGUAUCGAGGAGCGCGUUCAGGACAUAGAGGAGCAGCUCUACAAAUUGGAAUCUGACAAACGGCUAGUGGAGGACAAGGUGCAGCAGUUGAAGGAGGAGGUGCGCCUGCAGUACCAGAAGAUGCACCAGCUCCUGGAGGAGGACCUGGCCAAGACCCUGGAGGUGGUGGACAAGGCCAAGUCCAAGUUCUGCCAGGAGAACUCCAGCCAGUGCCUGCAGCUCAACGGCCGGCGCCAGGAGGCCAAGAAGCUGCUCAGCUCCGUGCAGACCGUCUUCGACAAGGCUGACGACAUCAACUUCAUGAAGAACACCAAACCUGUCAAGAUACUAAUGGACAGAACUCAGUCAUGCAUGGGCAAUGGCCUGUCUCCUCAUAAAGUCGGCCAUCUGAACUCCAAAAUCUUCCUCUCAGAGAUCUCCAAGAAGGAGAAAAACCUACGGAAAAUGCUGGAAGCUCCGUUCAGUGCCCCCGCCCACUUCCUGCAGUGUGUGCACCCCUGCAGCCUAAGCAGCUCCGGGGCCGACAAGCGCAAGCACUCCUCCGCCUUCCCCUCUGAAAGCUCGUCCGGGGCCAACGCUUUCCUGGCCGACUCCUCCUCUUCCACCUCCUCUUCCUCGGGCCCCCUGAGCAAGCAGCAGUUCCUGGUUCAGAGUCCCGGAGGUGGGGAAGGCCAGUCCUCCCAGCAGCCCCCGCCCCCCAUGCAAGGCCCCUGCGGCUCGGCGGCGCAGCACUCGGCCUCCGUCUUCCCGCCCCCUCCGCACCCCUACCCCCCCGGGGGCAGCUCCUCGCAGCAGCCGCUGCUGCCCCAGUACGGCGGACGCAAGAUCCUCAUGUGCACCAUGGACAACUGCUACUGCUCCAGCGUGCCGUCCGUGUCCAGGCACCGCGCCCACCCGCCCUACCCGCGCUCGGGCUCCUUCCCCUGGGCGGUGGGCUCGCAGGAGUACCCCCACGCCUUGCCCUCUGGGCCGCCCAUGUCCCAGCCGCUCCAGGGCCUGUCCAUGCGGGAUUGGAUGGACGCCUCGCAGACGCACAGACACCCCGACUUCUACGGCCUGUACGGCCAGUCCUCCGCCAAGCACUAUGUCACUAGCUAACCCAUUACCCUGUACACACACACACACACACACACACACACACAGACGCGCGCAUGCUCGCUCCAGGGCCAGGACAUGAUAAAAAGGUUUAUUUGUUUUGUUGUUUUUGGUGUCUUGAGUUUGUGUUUAUUUUAGUCUUCUGGUCAUAUUUCCUGAUCCUCAAAAACAGUGGGAAAUGGGGAAGUACACAAAUGGACGUGGAGAGAAAGGAAGCCAUGGCAAGAUUAGUGUGUUUCUUUUUCACUCUCUCUUCUACACUCAUCUGUCAGCACAGAACCGACCUUCUCAUCAGCACUUUCCCGUUGCUCCUGCAAGCUUGCAAUAAAGGGAAUAAUGAGAGAGCAAGAGGAAGAGGAAGAGGAGGAAGCAAGUGACCACCAUACUCCUCUUUCAAAUGACAAACAGAUUUGGGACGACUGCAGAGGCGACUGACCUACAGGAGAUAGUAUUGGCAUGGAGAGCAGACCAGCCAGGAGUCCUCCUCCUCCUCACUCCCCCUGUUUUCAUACUCCUCCUCCUCUCCUUUUUCUCUCUCUCUCUCUCUCUCUCUCUCUCUCUCUCUCUCACUAUGUUUCAAAUGGUCCGUUUUUUGACUCCGUUUUCAACACAGGCACCAUGCCUCCCACCCCAUGUUUACACUCGCUCCCCCAGCUGCAGUUAAUAAUAACCGGUUGGCUCGGCCACUCGUGCUCUCGCGACCAUGCCCUCUCCGUGCACGCUGCCCUCUGGGUGGCCUGCCGUGGCGGUGCCUGGACCCGCCGAGCCGCAAACCAAGGACGGACAGGGACCCCAACCCAGCUGAAGUUUCUCACACACAUGCCUUUGACAUGCCCGACUUACAAGGAGGUUUUUUGGUGGUUUGUCAUGUUUACAAUUAUAUAUAAAUAUAUUGAGAAGAAUCUAUUCGUAUAUAUAUAUUUUCCUUUGACUGAAAGGGGAAGGGAGUUUGUCUUAAUUCUGUUUUGGAAGGCACGCCUUCGAGACACCAACCAUGUAAUCUGCAGUUCUUUUUUUUUUUUCACUUGGAGGCUCCUUGUGGACCUCCACCGUUGCGGCACUUGAGACCUGAGCUGGACUCCCACUUCCUGUGUCCGGUGAUGUCACUUCCUGCAUCCAAGCACAUUUAACUGCAUGUUCACGUGGAAUCGGAGUCUGCAAUGCAGCCGUGUGGUGGUGAAGCCACAGUAACUGAAUGCAAAUAUUCUGUUUUUAUAUUAGCCCAGUGACUGGUAGGACCAAUCAGACGUCAGCUUCCACACUGCACAGUUCUCAUCACCAUAGAGAUUCUCUUGACUUCCUGUUAGUGACAAUGAGCAUGCAGGAUGGCCUUCACAUGCACUCAGAACCCAAGAGGCUAAAAAUGGGUUGGAACUGAGAACUAGUUGUUGGAAUUCUUUUUACUCAUGAAUUUUAUACAAGGAAAAAGGCUGGACUACGCAUUUUCUGCUAUGGAAAAGGACAAAAAAAAAAUCAGUGUGCUUCAAAAGAGUAUUAAAAUGCUGGUUAACAGAAACAUAUACAAUCUUUUUUGUAAAUAUUUUGUGCAACAGAAAUUGAAGCUCUGAUCAAAGUACAGUUUUAAUGAAUUGUGGUUCAACAAUAAAAGGCAAAACAUAUGGGCAA